UCUGAUAAUCAACAACCUACUAUGGUGCCUUCAAGUGAAGAUUCUAAUGUAGAAGUUGAUAAGAGGCAAAUAAUAUCCGUGGAGGCAGUUUCUAAACCGAAGAGGUUUGCUCAACAAUUUGUGACUCGUUAUAUCAUUUCUGAGGUAAUGUCAAGGAUGCCUUAUGCUGCAGAUUGUUGGAAAAGUUAUUGCCCUGAAAUGAAAGAAAUGUUAUUUAAUGAUUUUAAGGAAAAAUAUCGUUUUGCAUCAGAAUAUGAUCGUGUGAUGGCGAGGGAAGUUUGGGAAAAAACAUGCAUGGAUAGGUAUUCUGAUCAAUUGUGUAAAGACAGUGAUAAAGCAAUAAAAGUAGAAAACUCAAGAAAUUAUGAGGAUUUAAGGGCUCACAAGCCUAGAGGGAUGAAAGCUGAAAUAUGGAAUGGGUUUAUCGACAUUUGGAAGACACCAGAAUGGCAAAAGAAAUCUAUUGCUGGAAGACAAAACAGAGCUGCCCAGCUUGAAGCAAUGGUGAAAACAAGAAGAAAAGAGUGCAUGGCAUGGGACAUAGCUUGGAUCUUGGAACUAGUAGCUCUACCCAAGCUUCAUCUCCAGAGGUUGUAG